AUGGACCCUCGCGAGACAGCGCGGGCAACCUUUGAGGUGCAGAACGAGGUGGUGACGCUGGAUGCCGAGACGCGUGCGAUCUAUGCAUACGAUGCCGAGGCGUACCAGAAACUGCUGCGCGAUGCCCCGUGGCGCGACGAUGUGCACUACUUCCAAAAAGUCCGCAUCUCGGUCGUGGCGCUGAUGAAGAUGGUCCUCCAUGCGCGCCUCGGCGGCGCGCUCGAGGUGAUGGGCCUGAUGCAAGGGACGGUGUGCCCCGAUACGCGCACCUUCUAUAUUCUGGAUGCAUUCGCGCUGCCGGUGCACGGCACCGAGACGCGUGUGAAUGCCCAAAACGAGGCGUACGAAUACAUGAUCCAGUACCUCGACCAGUGCAGCGACGUGCGCCGCCCCCAGCAGGCUGUGGGAUGGUACCACUCGCACCCCGGCUACCGCUGCUGGCUCUCUGGCAUCGACGUCGAGACACAGCAGACGAACCAGCGCCAGGACCCGUUCGUGGCCGUGGUGAUCGAUCCGCACCACACCAUGACGGCCGGCCAGGUGGACAUCGGUGCCUUUCGCACCUUCCCGGCGGACUACCAUGCGGAAGGGCGGUCGACGCAGCAGGCCGUACUUCCGUCGCACAAGACGGAGGAGUACGGCGCGCAUGCCGAUCGGUACUAUAGCCUGGCGGUCGAGCUCUUUACGACGUCGGCCAUGCGCCCCCUCUUCCACCUGUUGUGGAACGAGUACUGGGCGCAUACGCUAUGUACUUCGCCGUCGCUGUUGCAGCGCACGCUGAGCAUCCACCACACCAACGACCUGGUGAACCAGCUGCGCGAGGCGACGGCGCAGCUUGGCGGCGGCGGCCUCGUGCCCGGAGGCGCCUCGUUUACGCAGGCCGCGCGCGCCGCCUCGCGCUCGCACGACGCGGAACCCGCGCAGGACCUCGCAAACGAGCUCGAGCGGCGUGCGGCGGAGCAGCCGCUUGCGCGCAUCGCCGACGAAGCCAACCAGCAAGCAUCGCAGGCGCGCCACGAAGCGCUGCGCGAGUCGCUCAAGACGGCUCUAUUCGCGCCUACCUCGGUCUCUUAG